AAACAAUUUUUUUCGUAUUAACUAUUUUGAAAAUUUAAGUAUCAAAAUAUUAUCUUUGGACUCGAAAUUAUCGUUGCCGAUUUUCCCGUUUUCUUAUCAUUGAGCUUUUUUUUUGUUUCCAAGACGAGUGGUGAUUCCUUUUUGGUUCUACUCUAUCCGAAACGGGCAAUCUAUUAUUUUAUUACAAUAAUAACUUUGUUGUAAUUGGUGACUAAAUAUUUUCCAAUAAUCGUUUAAAUAUUUAAUUGCAUACGUCGAAUUUCUAUCAAAUGUAUGUUCAGUUAUAAAAAAAAUUCUAUGUGAUACACAUGCAUGUCGUUGAAAAUUUUAAAGAGUAAACGUCCAAUUGGCGUAUUAGGUUUCAUGUUGGCCCCCGCAAAUACGUACAGACUCUGUGGAUAAACGAGUCACACGAGUCGUUCAAAAAUACACCUGGUGGAUUUCUCGCUAUAUUAUUAUGUACGACUCUGCUGCAGAGAUGAUUUAAAUGGAUCCUCAGAUAGGUUGGCUGCAACCAGAACAAGUAGGUCCUGCUCAAGAAUUUUGGUCCAGAAUAUUGGACUCUACUGAGGACACUGACUGUAACGACGAAAAAUAUAGCACUGAAACUGUUCAAGAAGAAGACGACGACGACGAUUUUUCGUUGCCGUUAGAUUGGAAGUUUGAUUUUUCUAUUGAUGAUCAAGAAAUUAAAACUAGCAAUCUAUAUGAGCACGGUUUAUUUACAAACAUAGCUAGUACAUACGACAUGAAUAAAAUGCAAGCACAUUACAUUGGAAAGUUUGGAGGUUGUCCAUGGAGACACGGAAAGAGUUAUGAUCGUCAACCUAUUUGCACCCUCCAUAAAGAGAUAGAAGACUUUUUUGCAUACAUGUCAGCCACGCCAGAAGAACACAACAUGAGACUUGAUGUUUUGGACCGUGUUACCAGUGUUAUACAUGCUGAAUGGCCCAAGGCUAAAGUUGAAGUAUUUGGUAGUUUUCGAACGGGUCUUUACUUACCAACUAGUGAUAUGGAUCUAGUAGUGAUAGGUGAAUGGGAUACAUUGCCAUUGCAUUCACUUGCUCAAGCUCUACUUAAAAAUGGUGUAUGUAAUGAAAAUAUUCAAGUUUUAGAUAAAGCAUCAGUUCCAAUAGUUAAAAUGACAGAUAAGGCAACUGAUGUCAGAGUGGAUAUAAGUUUUAAUAUGAAUAAUGGUGUAAAAUCAGCCGAAAUGAUUAAACACUACAUGGAUGUCUAUCCAAUGCUUCCUAAAUUAGUCUUAGUGCUUAAGCAGUUUCUAGCUCAACGUGAUAUGAAUGAAGUAUUUUAUGGAGGAAUAUCUUCUUAUAGUUUAAUCCUUAUGGUUGUCAGUUUUUUACAAUUACACCCUAGAGGUGACUUAAAUUAUACUACUGCCAAUCUCGGUGUAUUACUUAUAGAAUUUUUUGAAUUAUAUGGUAAAAAAUUCAAUUACAUGCACACAGCUAUCCGUGUAAAAGAUGGUGGACAAUACAUAUCCAAAGAUGAAGUUCAAAAGGACAUGGUCGAUGGACAUAGACCUAGUAUUUUGUGCAUAGAAGAUCCAUUGACUCCUGGUAAUGAUAUUGGGCGCGGUUCUUAUGGUGCUCUUCAAGUAAAAAGUGUAUUUGAAUAUGCAUUUACAACACUAAAGGCUGCUCUGGACCCACAGAUUGUAUCUCCCUGUUUUAGUAUACUUGGACGGAUAGUUCGAGUUAAUGACAAAGUAAUUUUAUAUCGGCAAUGGGUGAGAGAUAGUUAUGCAGUACACAAUACUCAACGAAUGAUAAUUACAAAUUUGUUGGGUACUAAUACCAUUAGUAAUAAUGUCAGCAUUUCGACAAAUACUAGUAGUAGAGCUUCAACUAUUUCUUCAGGAUCAGGUUCUGCUGAUUCUGAUUCAGAGAGUAGUAUAGAAAAAUUAAGUGACCACGGUGAUCAUAAUGAUCAAAAUAGUAAUUAUCAACCUAGACGUAAAUUCCCCCAUUAUCACCGUCAUAAUAAUUGGAAUAAUCAUCAAAACCAUCAAAUGAUAAACCCAGGUAAUCAUACUACAAUGCGCACACAAAGGAUAAUAUGUCCAAGUCCUGCUAAUAAUUACCAACCAAGGGGUUUUACAAACAAUAAUUAUAACAAUAAUUACAAUCAUCAUCAAAACUAUCGACCUAAUGCUGGAAAUAAACAUCAAUAUACUGGUAAUUACCAGCCACAUUUUGGUAAUUUUACUACGUCACACAAAAGGCAAAAGCGAAAAAACCAAACCCAAGAUGUUAGAUGAAAAAAACUCCUAAAUUGUAUAAUUAAAGUUAUUUAUUAAGACAAAGCAAAUGAUAACUUAUAAAAAGUAUUCAAAUAUAAAAUUAUAUAAAAAAAUAAUAAUAAUAAUAGAAAAAAAAAAAAUACAAAACUAUUACAAAAUAUAUUAAAAAAAAUUUUUAAAAUAUUAUGAGAGAUCGUCUGUUUUUGACGAAUUUUUUUUGUUUUACAACCUAAAGAAUAAUCAUGUAUAAAAAAAACUAUUUAACAAAGUUAUAAAAAAGUUAAGUUCUGUGAAAAAUAUGUCAAAAUUUAAUUAAAACCUAAAUAAAAGCCUAAAUGCUCUUUUAAACUAUAAAAUCCAAAAAAAUGAAGAUAAAAAAAAAAUUAUAAAAAAAAUACAAAAAAAAAUUACAGCGAUUUUUUAUAAAGCUGUCAAAAUAUUUAUUUUAAAAUUAUUCACAUGAUUUUUUUAUUUAUGCAUACUUUCAAAUGUGUCAUCUUAUGUAACACAAAACAAAAUUCAAUCUUAAUUUAGAAGAUAUUUUGUUAAGUCAGGCGAUAGAAAAAACAAGUACAACACGUUUCAUACGCGUAUAAAAAAAUGUAUUUUGUGUAAGUUAUAGCUCCAAUUUAAUAAAAAAUAUCACUGCCACCUUGCACUAUUAUAAAAUCUAUUACAUGUGGCAUAUAUUUAUAUUUAAUCGCGUGCAUAUAAGCCCACUGUGUUCCUAGUCAUUUUUAUACAAUUAAUUUUAAUUUACAUGUAAAUUUGUAGUAAUAAAACAAAUAUUAUUUAUUUUAAGAGUGCAAAUAAUCAGAAGUAAUUUAUGUAUGGACUAUGUGUCUUUCAAAGAUAAAUAUAUAAAAUCAUUAUAAUGUAAAGUAACUUGCAAAGCAAUAUCAGGAAAUGUUCAUAUAGGAGCUUAUUAAUAUCUUUACUUAUGCUAAUGACAUGUGCUAUAAUACAUAUAUAAAAGUUUUUUUGUUUUAAUUUAAUUUUCUCUUUUUUUUUCGUUAGCAUUGUUUAGAUAUAAGCGUGAAGUAUGAAAAGUUUACGAAUUGUUAUUAUAUUCAUAAGUGUUAAUGUACUACAAUACACCACGUUGUAUCCUUAACUGUCAUAAAAUUAUUUGUGAAAGGAAUUUUACCAACGAUUGGGUGCACUUUAUAUAUUUAUAUAU